CAUAAUGCUGCUUUUACCAUUUCUGCAGCUUACAAGAUGGCGCAAACGAUAUUUGAAGCCUUUGAAGGCAUGGAUAACCAGACCGUCCUCGCAGUCCAAUCACUGCUGGAUGGGCAGAGUGGAGUGUCGGAUCCCACCGCACAAUCUGUCAAUAACUCCGGCACCAUACAAGGACUGGAUGAUGAAGAUGUAUUCCUGUGCGGGAAAUGUAAGAAACAGUUUAACUCUCUACCAGCUUUCAUGAUACACAAACGGGAGCAGUGUCAGGGUAACGCACCUUCUCUAGCGUCUGUGUCCAUGGGCUCUCACAGCGUAUAUACCCCAGCGGUGAGCUCCGUCCAACAGUCACAGAUUAACAGACAGAUCUCCACGUACAUUGCGGUUCCUCCAUCUCCGCUAAUCCAGACGUUGGUGCAGGGGAAUGUGUUGGUGAAUGAUGAGGUCCUUCUGUCUGCAAUGUCAGCUCUCACCUCAUUGGACCAGCCAAUGCAUUCCAUACCGGGACCAGUGCAGAGUAACCUGAGUAUGCACACUAGCGGGACUUACCUCCAUGCUCCAUCCUUGCCACCACGGCUGCAGCACCCACCUCCAUCUGCCCCUGCUCAUGGGCAUCUGGGUGUGCCCGUGCAAGCAAACAGCAGCAGCUGCAGUACCGUAGUGCAAGUGUACAGCUCUCCCAUCAGCAUGCCCGGCAACCCAUCGAUGGAAAUGCACGGGCUGAGCAUGGCUCCAUAUACCCAGAUCGAGGUUCCCAGCCAGUGUGUAGAGAGUACAGUCUACAACACCCCCCCAGUAUACAGCCCCGGGAAGCAAGGCCUGAAAUCCAAAACUACAAGCAGCUGUUCUCCAUGUGCUGACUUGAAUGGGAACAGCAUAGGGCCUGUGGAACCAGCUCUUCCCAGCAAAGCUCGUCGCCCCAAGACUGACCGGGUCGUCCAGAAUGGAAAAGUGAAAUCUCCCAAGCUGAAAUGUACCUUUUGUGACAAGGCAUUUGGGAAAAACUUUGAUCUUCAGCAGCACAUUAGAAGCCACACAGGUGAAAAGCCAUUCCAGUGCAUUGUGUGUGGACGAGCUUUCGCACAAAAAUCCAAUGUCAAAAAGCAUAUGCAAACCCACAAGGUGUGGCCAAGGGCCCCCAAUACCACAAAUGCCAAAGGCCAUGUGACACUGCAAGUGGAUCCUCUAAACGGCUCACAACCAGAGGAAACUGUGGAGAAUAAUGCCCCUGGGCAAACCUCUCCCGAGGAGCCACCGACUGAAGGAAUGGACACAGCACCAAAUGACAUGGCAGAGGGCGCAGACGACAAGCAAGUGCUUCUCGUGGACAGCUCCUACCAUUGCCAGUUCUGUACCAGCAAGUUUAGCAGCUAUUUUCAGCUCAAAUCACACAUGACGCAGCACAAGCAGGAACAGGUGUAUAAGUGUGUGGUGAAAGGCUGUGGUCAUACGUCCCAGAAGCUGGAUCAAUUUUUGGAGCAUAUCAAAACCCACCAGGAGGAGAUGACUUAUCGUUGUCACUUGUGUAACAAGGACUUCACAUCCCUCUACGAGAUGAGUAUCCACCAGUAUUCCCACAGUUUACUGCCUCAAAUCGCCCCCAAGAAGGAGAUGACUGUGUACAAGUGCCUAAAGUGUAUGAGUAAAUACUCCACUCCAGAAGCAUUAGAGCAACAUGUUCAGACAGCCACCCACAGUUACCCCUGUCCCCACUGCCAGAAGGUUUUUCCUUGCGAACGCUACCUCCGUAGGCAUAUGCCCACCCAUGGUGGAGGGGGGCGCUUUAAGUGCCAGGUGUGCAAGAAGCUAUUCCGAAGAGAACACUACCUGAAGCUUCACAGCCACAUCCACUCAGGUGAAAAGCCAUUCAGAUGUGAGCUGUGCAAGUCCGCCUUUAAUCGAAAAGACAAGCUGAAGAGACAUAUGUUGAUUCACGAGCCAUACAAAAAGUACAAGUGUCCCUUUGCAUCUCACUCUGGAUGCAACAAAGAAUUUAAUCGCCCUGACAAACUGAAAGCUCAUAUCCUGUCGCAUUCCGGCAUGAAGACACACAAGUGUCAGUAUUGUACCAAAUCUUUCAGCCGACGAGCGCACAUGUUGGAGCACCAGCGCUGCCACACUGGCAAUUAUCGGUAUUGCUGCCCAGACUGCGGCAAAGGUUUUACACGGCAGAAGUACAUGAAAGAGCAUAAGUGCAGACUGCAGGAGGAUAACGAGAAGGAACAGGUUAGGAAAAUCCAAAGGCGGAAAGGACGAGGGAAACCAGAAGAUGAAAGUGUACCAGAGAUGACGGUGACACUGACAGAAUUAAAGAGCAGUACAGAAACUCUUGAUAAUACUGAAGGCCAAAGAAAGGAGCAAUUUCAGCAGUCGGACGCUGUACUUUCCAUAGUGGUCAGUGGUGCUGGUGGCCCCAAUGAGAACUUGACAGUGCCUCCUGUUGUAGACAGUAUGACCCCAACCACUGUGACACUAGCAGAGCUGACAGUACCUAUAUUUAUCCAGAACCCAGAAUGAGCUGAGAUGAUGGAUUAGAUUAUGUUAGCAAUUUAGCUGCCCUUCUCACUAUGAAUUCUAGAACGUUAUCUAGUAGAUGUGGAGCUCUGUAUAAUUACAGUUAAAAUAAUCAAAGUCUUGGAGUCUUUGCAGAAGACGGGCUGCUUACAAUUCCUGUUAUCCACCGAGACAAAGAUUUGAAAAAACGCAAAUCUUCAUUGGAUUUCUCUCCAAUAUUACUCCGGGUCUGCAUUUAUUACCCAUACACUUCUGACUGUAAUAUUAGCUUAAAAUUUUGAUGGUAAAGAAAGGAAAUUGGGGGAUCCCUGUCAGAUCAACGUGAGCAGAAAGCGAAAAUAUAGGGGUCAAGAAAUGUGUUGUAUCUACUUUGGGCAUUGUUGGUCCUAAAUUACAGGAUAUUAUUCCUUGAUUCUCGAUAAAGAAACUGCUUGACAUACUGUCAGGAGCAAGAGUAUCCCAGCAUGCAACUAUGGAUCAGUCCUAGUCAGGAUGUCAAAAGGAUCAACAUGAUAGCAGCUUUUUAAUGGUCCAUAGCAUGGACCAGGUUUAGCACUAGGAACUCGAAAAAGGCAAGACAAAAGGGAAAGAGAGUAUCCUAGUCAAAACUAGCCUACGGCCAAGAGACUACGUAAGCGAUUCUAGAACUUCUUGAAAUACUCUUGAAUGAUUUAACAAGGCCAGAGGUCAGCAUACCAGAUAUCAGUGUAGUCAGGGCCUGCUAAACCAAAAGCACAAAUAACUCCCAAAAAAUUACGAACGUACUAACAAAUGGCAAGAACUAUGACAUGGCAUGGUGCCCCCCAUGAUUCUGGUCUUAAAUGUGCUAGAUUCUGCAUCAUGUUAGCUGCACAUUUUUGCUGUGUAUUCAUCACAACUACAUUGAUGUAAACUGAAGUUAUCAGCGGAGACCGUGUGAGAGCGCGUUAUACAGGAUAUACUGUGCAGGCUGCAUCACACAGAUGAGAGAUUCUGAUACGAAACUGUAUGUCAGGAUUUUCCUAAAAACAUGACUGUUACCGAGCCAUCAGGGCUAAACUAGUGAAUCGCUGAUUUUACGGUUUGACAUGGAAAGAGGUCAAGCUUCUGAGAGUUCUAAAUAUGUAAGCGCAAACAUUGUCACUUUCACCUUUUCCCAUUCAACUUUCGUUUAUCAAAAGGGCUGAGACCAGCUUUGCAAAUAAUAGUAAAGACUAUAACCAUUUUUUCUACAGUGAAGAAGAAAGCAAUGAUCAUCUGUUAACUAAAACCAAUGCCACUCAGUGCAUUGAAUUUCUCACCCUCGUUAGAAGGGUAUAUAUGUUUUGUGUGCUUCAAAUAUAUUGUAUAUUGUGUAUUUUUUAAAAUAUAUACAUACAUGUUCUCUUACAUGUAUGAUGUACCUAUACAAUUGUGUAUAAAUGUAUUCAACAUAUAUACAACACUGUUUAAAAUGUUGGGUAAUGUUUGUCAAUUAGAAUUAAAGGGACAUGCAUCACUUGAUACAUUUUUUUUCUCUCUGCAAAUGAAUGCCACUGUACAUGGAAUAUGACUUAUUCUGGACUGGCUAAUUACAUACUAAUGCAGCAGCAAUAUAAACUAUCUCGGUAUGUACAGCAUUUCACAUACAGACUGCAAGCACCAUGACCACUU